AUGUCACUGAAAUUGAUACGUAAGUGUUAUACAUAUUUGCAGAGAUUUGAUAGGAUUUGGAGAUAUUUUGAAGAAGAAAUAGCGGAUGGAGAACAAAAGGAUGAACAAGUUCAUUUUAUAAAAGGAAGAGUAAAUUGGGAUUGUACUUUGCGAACAACAAUAUCCAAUCUUGAGGUUGAAUAUGAGGAUAUUAAAGAAUGGACACUGCAAAAGAUUCCAGGAUAUGAGAAGCCUGUUGAAAUUGAUGUUCUGACUUCAUUUUCUUAUCCUCUGGAAGAAAAACAUCUUGGUGAGAUUGUUGUGGCCACAACUAGGGUGGAAACUAUGCUUGGUGAUACAGCUGUUGCUGUACAUCUUGAUGACGAAAGGUGUCGUCAUCUUCAUGGAAAAUUUGUUAUCCAUCCAUAUAAUAUGCGAUGCAAUGGUGGUUCAGAAUUUGCUGGGAUGCCACGUUUCAUGGCCCUGGAGGCAAUUACUGAAGCAUUGAAAACAGAGGACACUCAUCAUUAG